CUCUUCCACCGCCGGACGCCGCCUCCCCCUCCCUGUCAUGGCCCCGCCGCGCCGCUUUGGCUGCCUUCCAGCCACGCUCGAUCUGCUACCUUCCGCGGCCCUAGUCCUGGCCCCACCUCCUAAGCUGCGACUGCCCGUCUCUCAGCUCUACCAUGGAGAGGUGGGCAUCGAAUGAUCUCUUAGUUGGGCCAUUGAUUUCAACUGAUCUGUCAUUGCAUACUGAAAGGUCUAAUGUCCUUGUGACAUAUCAGGGUUCACCUGGUACAGUCAUUGAGGCAAUGGUGCUCAAAGCCUUCCGAAAUUGUAUAGCAGUACCGUACAAAAGUUCUGAAGGUGCACUCGAGGCUGUUGAGUCUUCACUUGCUGAUAAAGCUGUUCUUACUAUAGAAAAUUCAUCCAUUGGAAGCUUUCAUCCGACCUAUGACUUGCUUCUUAGUCACAAUUUGCAAAUUGUGCAAGAAGUACAAAUGGAUGUAGAGCUAUGUCUCCUGGCUUUACCUGGAGUGCAGAAGGACGAUUUGCAGACAAUUUUCAGCCAUCCACAGGAUCUUGCUCAAUGCGAGUAUUCACUUUCUAAUUUGGGUGUCUCAAAGAAAAAUGUAGAUCAUGGAGCUGCUGGUGCUGAGAUUAUAUCCAAGCAAAAUCUGAGGGAUGAUGAAGUUAUAGGAAGUGCUCGAUCAGCAGAAUUGUAUGGACUUAACAUAUUAGAGUGCAACUUUCAGGAUGCUUCACCAAAUACCUCAAGGUACCUGGUAUUGGCCAUAACUGCUAACAUUCCCAAUGAAUAUGAAAAAUAUAAGACAAGCAUCGUUUUUGGUCUUGAAGAAGGCCCUGGGACACUUCACAAAGCCUUAGUGGCAUUUUGGAAGAGAGAUUUAAAUUUGACAAAGAUUGAGAGCAGACCAAACAGGGGCAAACCAAUGAGGACUCUGGGAACUGAAAAGCAGUUCAAUUACAUUUUCUAUGUUGAUUUCGAAGCAUCGUUGGCUGAGAUCCCCACGCAAAAUGCUCUGAAGGAACUAGAGGAAAUCGCAAGUUUCCUGCGUGUCCUUGGCUGCUACCCAAGCACAACUAUCUGAACAGCCUCAAGCUCAUCAGUUUCUUCCACCUUGAAGACCACAGUGAGCGAAUGGUAAGGUCGACCGACGGCGAAGGUUAACUUAAUUUUGAUGGCAUCGUCUCUAGCUCAAUGAAAAACAUGAGAACUGUGUUCAGUGCAAGCAAAGCAGCAAAUUUAUCCUGUUACAGGCAGUCGAACCUGAUUCCUGUUGUCGGAUGUGUGGUUUGAUGUAAAAAAUUUGGUGAAGUUUAGAGAAAUAUAUGCUUCAGAUGU